AGAGGGAUGGAGGGAAGGGCUGGAGAAGCAGGAGGUGCAACUUUUCCCGAUUAAAAACAAAAACAACAACAAAAAUCUACACCUCCAUUACCAGAGCAAGCUCACUCUCUGUCACCAAGCUCCGUGGGUGUGUUUUCUUCUAGAAUAGUCCAGGUGGACAGAUACUCACGACGCGGACACAGUUCUCACUGCCAUUGGGUGUUGGGUUUCUAGAGAAGCCAAUCAGUGUCAUCGCGGUCCCGGUUCUAAAGUCCCCACGCACCCACCGGGACUCACAUUCUCCCCAGACGCCGAGGAUGGCGGUCAUGGCGCCCCGAACCCUCCUCCUGCUACUCUCGGGGGCCCUGGCCCUGACCCAGACCUGGGCGGGCUCCCACUCUAUGAGGUAUUUCUACACCUCCGUGUCCCGGCCCGGCCGCGGGGAGCCCCGCUUCAUCGCCGUGGGCUACGUGGACGACACGCAGUUCGUGCGGUUCGACAGCGACGCCGCGAGCCAGAGGAUGGAGCCGCGGACGCCGUGGAUAGAGCAGGAGGGGCCGGAGUAUUGGGACCGGGAGACACGGAGCGCGAAGGCCCGGGCACAGACUGACCGAGUGGACCUGGGGACGCUGCUCGGCUACUACAACCAGAGCGACGGCGGUUCUCACACCAUCCAGAGGAUGUAUGGCUGCGACGUGGGGCCCGACGGGCGCUUCCUCCGCGGGUAUGAACAGCUUGCCUACGACGGCAAGGAUUACAUCGCCCUAAACGAGGACCUGCGCUCCUGGACCGCGGCGGACAUGGCGGCUCAGAUCACCCAGCGCAAGUGGGAGGCGGCCCGUGUGGCGGAGCAGUGGAGAGCCUACCUGGAGGGCACGUGCGUGGAGUGGCUCCGCAGAUACCUGGAGAACGGGAAGGAGACUCUGCAGCGCACGGACGCCCCCAAGACACAUAUGACUCACCACCGCAUCUCUGACCAUGAGGCCACCCUGAGGUGCUGGGCCUUGGGCUUCUACCCUGCGGAGAUCACACUGACCUGGCAGCGGGAUGGGGAGGACCAGACCCAGGACACGGAGCUCGUGGAGACCAGGCCUGCAUGGGAUGGAACCUUCCAGAAGUGGGCAGCUGUGGUGGUGCCUUCUGGAAAGGAGCAGAGAUACACCUGCCUUGUGCAGCAUGAGGGUCUGCCUGAGCCCCUCACCCUGAGAUGGGAGCCAUCUUCCCAGCCCACCAUCCCCAUCGUGGGCAUCGUUGCUGGCCUGGUUCUUCUUGGAGCUGUGAUCACUGGAGCUGUGGUCGCUGCUGUGAUGUGGAGGAGGAGGAGCUCAGAUAGAAAAGGAGGGAGCUACUCUCAGGCUGCAAGCAAUGACAGUGCCCAGGGCUCUGAUGUGUCUCUCACAGCUUGUAAAGGUGAGACCCUGGAGGGCCUGAUGUGUGUUGGGUGUUGGGGGGAACAGUGGACACAGCUGUGCUAUGGGGUUUCUUUGCAUUGGAUGUAUUGAGCAUGCGAUGGGCUGUUUAAAGUGUGACCCCUCACUGUGAUGGAUAUGAAUUUGUUCAUGAAUAUUUUUUCUAUAGUGUGAGACAGCUGCCUUGUGUGGGACUGAGAGGCAAGAGUUGUUCCCGCCUUCUCUUUGUGACUUGAAGAACCCUGAAUUUCUUUCUGCAAAAGCACCUGCAUGUGUCUGUGUUCCUGUAGGCAUAAUGUGAGGAGGUGGGGAGGCCACCCCACCCCCAUGUCCACCAUGACCCUCUCCCCACGCUGACCUGUGCUCCCUCCCCAGUCAUCUUUCAUGUUCCAGAGAGGUGGGGCUGGGAUGUCUCCAUCUCUGUCUCAACUUCAUGGUGCACUGAACUGUAACUUCUUCCUUUCCUAUUAAAAUUAGAACCUGAGUAUAAAUUCAAUUUCGCAAAUUCUUCCCAUGAGAGCUUGAUGAGUUAAUUAAAGGAGAAGAUUCCUAAAAUUUGAGAGACAAAAUAAAUGGAAGACAUGAGAA